AUGAAAGCUCUUUUUCACAAUAAAAAAUCACACAAUUCAAUUGUUUUCAUCUUUGAAAGAAGGAAUAUAAGAGUUUCCCAAGCAGUUGAGAACUCUAACAUCAAAACUUGGCCUAUCUUCAUCCAGCAGCUAAAUUUUAAUAGCCUGGACCUGUAAAAUCGAAUUCAGCCUACUUUGAAUCAGCUUUAGAACAUGAAUGGAUCGCCAUGCCCUUUCCUUCAGAGCUUUCUAAUUUCAAUCUAGAUACUCUUAGAUAUUAGAUCUACUUCUUAACGUAUCAUAUCUCUCAGAAAUAUCCCAUUUCCUCCCUCUGUUCCCCUAUAUGCUCAAUCCUCAUAACAAUCUACUAUCCCCUUCAUCUGCUCAACCCCAACUCCCUUCCCUCUCCAUCCCCAAAACACCUCUCCACCCACAAAAGCCCCACCACCCUCUCCAUCCCACCCCACCAUAACCUCCUCCCACAAAACCUCAAAAUCCCACUUCUCCCCACAAUAAUCUCCUCCUCCUUCCCCAGCCAAUUCACCUUCCCCCUAAAAGACCUACCCAAAAGCCCUAUUUCCUCGUUCACCCUGUUCUACUAUAACUCCCGAAGUCUUUCCCGAACAGGUUUAAUAAUACUUAAUUCGUACUAUUUUAGAUAUCUAGGAAGACAGUACAAUUUUCGUAUUUUGGGGAGAAAUGGAAGAGAGGCAGGAUAGUGGAGAGUUUAAGGAAUUAUGGAUUUUGGAAGAGUUUUUGGGGGAUUUAGAGGGGUGGGAAGAGGGUUAGGUGGUAGGGGGUUAGGUGGUAGGGGUUUGGGGGAGGUAGGCAAAUAGGUGAGAAAUAGGUUUUGAGGUGGUUUUAGGGAAAUUUUU